CUGGGGAAGGCAGGCCAGCCAGACCAAUGCGAGUGGAACAUCCAGGAGAGUUGCUCUUGGUGGGGUUGUAGCAUGGGCCAGCCCUGGCUUAAGCUGAACCCUCGCGUAGAGAGUGUGACACCUCCACAGAGCCAUGGCUGUGGGCAGCCUGCUCUUCCUGGCGGUGCUGGUCAUCGUGCACCACCCCCUCAGGGUCAGCGACAAGCAGGACCCGGCAACGGUGCAGCGGACGCAGCAGCAGGAGCAGCGGCUGGCCCUGGAGAUGACGCGCCUGCAGUGGGAGUUUGAGCAGAGGAACCAAGAGGAGAGGCCGGGCCCACACCGGAGCCUGGCGCCAAACCAGAGCCAGGGGGAGGAGGAGGCCACGGCGCUGAGGGUGGCAGCCAAGCAGGGGCCCAACGACGUGGCCUGGGAUGGUUGGCCCUGUGGGUUCCUGAUCAUUAUCCUGCUCUUUGAGCUCUGCAGGCCAAGCCUGGAGCCCGAAUCCAGCUACGACUCCAGCAGCGAGGAUGCCAGCAGCGAGGAGGAGGAGGAGGAGGAUGCCGAAGCAGCGCCAGGGGGCUCCUGCACCCGGCAUCCCGACUUCCCCGGCAGAGUGGCCUUGGAGCACUUUUAUGAACAGCACUUCCAGGGAGUGUCCAAGGACCUGGCCAGCACCUGCGAGUUUGUGGAAGGUCUGGUAAACAGCCUGCUGGAGGUCUGCCAAGUCCUCCCCUGCCAGACCUUCCUCCCACAGCUGGAGAACUGCAUUGGCGUGGCCAGUGCCUUUGAAGGCUGGUGCCCCCAUAGGGACUCCGAGGCCUACCGGGUGCUCGUGCCCCUGCUGCCGCCCAAGGGGCACUCCUUCCGCCUGGAGAUGGAGAAUGUGGAGGGCACCCUGGAGAAGCACGGCCACAUCCUGGUGGAGCUGGAGUGCAUGUGCAAAAGGGAGAGGUUGCUGGGGGACGUGGUCUGCCUCCUGCACCACGCCGAGGAAGACCUGAGUGACAACAUACAGGGGCCCUUCCGCGUGCACCUCUUGUGCACUAGCUCCCACUUGGAUGUGGAAAAAACCACCCUCUGGUUCCACAGUCUGGUAGGCAAGGCCUGGGCCCUUGUGGCUCCCAACUACAACUUCCAGCUCACAGCCCAGCCCUCCGCUUCCUCCUGCAAGCUCAGCCUGGCUUGUGAGUCCAGGAGGGCUCUCUCCAUUGAGAUCAUACUCGGGGUGCAGCAGGGAAACUCUCUGGUCUUCCUGGCCAGCCACGGGGCUGAGACGGGCCCCCCGAGCAGCCCAGUCUGGCUAGAGACCUUCGCUGUCCAGGAAAUGCUGUUCUUCCAGUGGGUGAGCAGGUACGCCCCAAAGGAUAGCUGUCACCUGAAAUGCCUCCAGAUCCUCAUCCAUCUCAAGGAAUGCAGGCUGCCCAUCCUGGAGAACAGGAUCCUUACCACCUACCACUUCAAAACCGUCCUGAUGCACCUACUGCUCCUCCUGCCGGUGUCGGAAUGGCGCCCGGAACAGCUAGCUCAGAGGCUGCAGGACAUCCUCUCGUACCUGCGCCGUAGCCUGGAGGAGAAAUGCCUCUACCACUUCCUGAUUGGAAACAGCACCCUGGCCAGCCACAUCCCUGUCCUCAAGGCCUUCCGGAAUGCCGAGCCCCUCAACCUCUUCCAGCAUCUGGCACUGGAGCCUGCUGCUCAUGCCAAGGCAACCAGCGAGUUCCUGGAAGUGAUGGAGCAAGUCAGGGCUCUACAGUGCAGCAAUUAGCAAGACAGUGUGUGGGUCUGCGGCACCAAGCAGCCGAUUAUGCUGUGAGUCUGACAGCCUAGCCCAUCAUCUGCGGCACAGAAUCACUACUGGGAGUCAGACCAUGCCACUGACAUCAGAGCGGAGCCAGAACAGCUUCACUGAGCCGGGGCAGGGGCAUCAGGGCUUGCUGGAGAUGCCACCCUGUUAUACCAAUAUAAUAAAAACCAGCAGGAUCUUAUUAAGAGGGAUAAGGCAAAGA